CCUGGUGGGCUGAUUCUGGAGCGUGGAAGGGAGCACGGAGGCGAGAGGCAGGCGGUGGCGGCGGGAGGCGGGGACCCUCCUCGCCGCUCCCCCAAGUCGGCGCGGAGCCGCCUCGGGCCGGGCUGAGAGCUGAGCGCGGCGGAGCCGGGAUGCGGGGCUCCAGGGACCGUGGAGGGCGCGCGGGGCGGCGGCGGGCGCGCGGGAGCUGUCCACGGUGCUGAAGCGGCGGCGGCGACAGCGGGCCGGGAGCAGGGAGCUCUCCUGGAAGCUCCACCGCAGCCGCCCGCGAGGCGGGGACGCCGUUGCUCGCCGGCCCAUGCCCGGUCCCCAAGCCCCGCGAGGAGGCGGGACGGUCCGCAGAGCGACAGGCUUUCCCUUUUUCUAUCAUUAGCAGAAUGGCAGCUGGGAAGUCAGAAAGGCCCCAGUGGGUGAAGACGAGUUUUGAAGCCCAGAAAUAAAGACUACAGCCUCUGGGGCUGGACAGAUGGCUCAGUGGGAUUUCUCUGUGUAUCCCUGGUAGUCUUUCUGGGUGAUGAAACUCAGGGUCUUGCCAGUUCACCAGUGUCAUCAAAGCCGAGGUGGAAUCCAAGUCUGCAGACUAAAACUCAGGGCAAGUCUCACCAGAACCAUCCCGAAACUAUGGAAGUCCCGGAGGCUGCGUCUCCCCUCUCUCCAUAUCUGUUCCUCCCUGCUGGAGUGUGUGGAUCUGCUGUAGACAUACUCAGUGGUUUUCCUCUUCCCUUCGGCCAACCUUCCAGGCUGCGUGGAGACGCCCCUCCUUGGCAAAGGUCGGCCUGCGGAACCAUGGAGAGCCUGAGCGAACUACAGAACCCACUGCUGCCAAGAAGCCCCGCCCACCUCCACAGGCCCUACCCCUACCCGGAGGCCCCGCCCGCCUGGUCCUGCCAGGAGAAGCUUUAUUCCUACCUGCUAGGAGGUGCUGGUCCCACCCGUGCCCACCAGCUCCUAGACCCGGGGUCCCUGCAACUGGCCAUGGAGGCUUGGUAUCGGCCCAGCUGCCUCCUGGGAAGGGACAAGGUCAGAGAGCCCAAAGCAGGCAGCUGUGAGACCAGCUUCACCGAAGCCAGGGAACCCUUAGUGGGACCUGCAGAGGAGGGCUCAGAAGCUGGGCAAGCUGAGGAGGAUGUACCCAUCCACACCGUGUCCUACGGGGUUCAAGAGGAGCAGCAGAGCCAGGAGGAUAGCCAGGAGGAGGAGAGCGAUGGCACCUCCACGGAGAGUGAGUGUGAAGACGCCUUCCUCACCCUGCCUCCCAGGGACCACUUGGGGCUCACGCUCUUCUCCAUGCUCUGCUGCUUCUGGCCUUUGGGCAUUGCUGCCUUCUACUUCUCGCAGGGGACCAGUAAGGCCAUCUCCAAAGGGGACUUCCGCCUGGCCAGCACUGCCUCCCGCCGGGCUCUCUUCCUGGCCACACUCUCCAUCGCUGUGGGGGCUGGUCUCUAUGUGGCUGUGGUGGUAGCUCUGGCUGCUUAUAUGUCCCAGAAUGGCCAUGGCUAGUAGUCAGUAAGCCCAUCACCCGGCUCUCCUGGCUUACCGGCGGAAGGUGCAAAGCUUGUAACUGUGUAUUCGAGGAAGCGCCUUGACCCUGGAGAGAACCUGUGACAAUGGCUUGCUGAGGAGAGGCCUCCCGUUCUGCAGCCCACACAAUCUCGCCCUCUUGCCCACUGUUUCCAGUCCCAGAGCUGGCUGGGUAUGGAUGGGAAGCAGGUGCAGCAAGGUUGUCCAACCGGCCUAGCCUGGUAUACUCCGCCCGUUCCCUACAGGACCUCUGCCCCACAGGCAGCUCAGUCUCUACCUGCCACCUUCCCCACAGAGAGGUUUCAGGAAGGAGAAAGAAUUCCCAAGGGAUAAAGGACUUGGCCAGACUUUUCGGUCAAGAGGGUUCUUACCUGUGCACAAUGUAGAGCAGCUGCCCCACCUCCUACCCCCUCAAGGCCCACGAUUCUCCAGUCAGGAAAGGAAAACAUGGACCCCAGGCAUCUCUUGCUCUUUCUGACUCUGGGUACCACGUGUCUCCCUGUUACUGUGGGAGAGGCUCUGCGGUGUCUCCCAGGUAAAGAUGGAGCCAGAGAGCAGGUUGCUAGGGCUUUUCUAUACCUGAAAGAAAAAAAAAAAAGGCAGAUACAGUGACAGAGAGGACGGAGGAGGCCUGGGAUACUCCAGGAUCACAUGACCUCCCCUGUUCUUCACCCACCAUCUUUUCUGGGCUCUGUUGGAAGGGUCCUGAGAUGGUACCCGACCCCUGGAGACGGAGAAGGGUACUGCUACUUCCCAGCUAUAGCUCACAGGGUCCUGGAUCCAGUCUCAUCCAGGAAAGGAUGAGAAGGGACUCUGGGGAUGACAGAAUGUAGGCAGAGGAGGAACAGAGACAGAUGCCUAAGGGAUUCGCUUCUCCAUAACUCUCCAUGCUGGUGGGCAUGGUGUGCCAGAGCCUCCCAUGGAGGUUCCUAGGCUGCUUGGAUUCUGCCUGGAGUAUCCAGUCUGGAGUAAUUUUGCAGCCAUUUCUAAACCCUCCAUCAACCUGAGCAGAAAGGCCUAGCCUUUCUCUCCACCUGAGAUAUUUUCCCCAUCUCUGAAUGAUGGAGAAGUGGUGGUAAUGGCGCCUGGGCACCUUCACUGAUAACCACCACUCUCGACUGCUUUUAAACCCCUCCACCCCCAGGCACUAAGAGAUGUUAGAGUUUGAGAGAUGUGAACAGCAAAGGACAUGGUACAGUGGGAAGGCAGGCCCGCUGGGACUUAAGCUGUGGACCAUUGUGCACGAUUUGGGGGACCUGGCUAUUUCCAUGCCCUGUCUAGCCCCACACCCUCCCUAUUUUCCUCACUUCCAGGUUUCCACUCUCCACUCCCCGCACCGGCAGUUUUACUAUCCCCUUACUGUCUUUAUUUAUUCUGGUAAUAAAUUUUUCUGUAACACCU